UUUGUGAAACUGUUUUUUAUAACAGUUUAGAGAAUUUCUGUCAGGUGGAGGAAAUGUCUUCUAUUUCUGCCAAGAAAUGUAUCCAUUAUUAUAAGUCAUAGCUAUUUGUUUAAGUGCUUUAUUUUCCAAAAAUCCUCCACUUCCCUUGGAUCAUUGUCUCCUUGGCCCUAAAUUUCCCCUGGUGUACAGCUAAUGAGAAGCUGUCGUUAUUGUGUCAGUGCAUUACAAAGGCUUUCUCUUUCUCUGCUGUUCAUUAAUGUAAUGAUCUGUUACCCAUUGCCUGACACUGAUUGUAUUCUGUGCUGGUACUGAGGAGAGGCAUCCAAAUUGCUGUUUUCCUGAACUUAGUUGAUAAAAAGAUAGAAGUAUCUACUUUUCAAUAUUUUGUUCUUUGUUAAAUUGGGAAAUAAUUUCAUUGGAGCUUCUAUAGCAAGUUUCUCCAAGGCUACAAUCCAAAGCAUAUCUGUCAAACAGCAAGGCUGCAGUCCUUAGCAAGUAUGCAAAAAUAAAAACAAAAACCCGUUUUGCAUUAAUUGGGAUGUGCUUUUGAGCAAACAUGCUUAGGAUUCACUGUUAUUUCCAAUGGUUACAACUGAGAGAUUCAUCUACUUAGUUGUAGCUUUUGCCAGCAACAAAAGUCAGAGGCUGUGAAGUGAAUUCACAAGUUUUGUGAAAUCUAUCAUUUUUUAAUAUAUUGUUUUGCAUUGUCUACAGUACUUUUGCAGUUGGUUUCCAAGGCUUGUUUUUAAUAGUAUGAGCUUUUGAUAAGAGUUCUUAGCUUAGUUACACUGACAUUAGUGAAACUAGAUUAGAAUAAAUGCUUCCAAGCUAAGAGAUGUCACAAUUUCAGUGCUGAAAAACUGGAACACUAUGUACACUGACUUAAGAAUACUAAAAAUAAUUACCCAGUCAUGCAAUGGCUUUUGAAGAGCUAUCCAAAAAGGACUGGUACAGCAUUCUGGGUGCAGAGCCAUCAGACAACUUGACAGAACUGAAAAGGAAAUAUCAAAAACUGGUGUUACUGCAUCAUCCAGACAAACAGAGCGCAGAUGUGCCAGCAGGAGAAGUGGAGGCGCGCAUGCAGAGGUUCAUCGAAAUUGAUCGAGCGUGGAAAAUUCUAGGGAAUGAAGAGACAAAAAAAGCGUAUGACCUGCAGCGGCGUGAACAUGAAUUAACACAAGGAUGGCCAGUGGAUGCUCAGGUUUCACUCAAACAUAUGGCCUGGAAUUGCAGUAAGAGAUUAUGUGAUGAUCAGUGUUACUCUCUUGCGUGCCGAUGUGGUGGAACAUACACUGUCUGCAAAAACGAAGCUGAAGAUAUUUCACUAGUAAGCUGUGACUCUUGUUCGCUACUUAUAGAGAUUCUUCAGUGACCCAACCCUGAAGAUUUCUUUGAUUCAAGCACAUGGAGAAUGCAUAGGAUGCAUCUAGUUGGACACUCAAUAGACUGAAUAUGCUAGAGAAUACAAUGGAAGAAAAGACAUGAAGAAGAACAAAACUGAAUCCAAAGAGAAUGUUUCUAUUCUGCAUUUCCUCACUGAAGAUUCAUGCAAAUGAUGUUGUAAAUGUGCCUUUUUAUACACACGGCACAAACUGUCCCUGUCCUAGUGAAAAUUAGUUUCCUAUUUCAAAAUUUUCUUCUGUUUACUAUAUAAUUAGUGGCACUCACACAUAUGUGAAUUCUAUAUUCUGGUGCAGAGAUUACUACUUUCAGAGGAUCUCGUAUCCUGUAUCCAAGCUAAACAAUAUUAUCAAGUUACAAACUUUAAACUGAACUGUGGGCUUUAGAAAGCAGACAUGACAAAAUACAAAAAGUAGUACAGUAGUAGUUCUCCUGGAAAACAGCCCAGGGUGCGGGGAAUAACUCUGCCAUUCAUUAUGUUCAAGCAGUUAUAGUAUCAAGUGAUAAUAACCCUUGCUAAAUGAGCAAAGAGACACUAUUGAAAGAGGCGAUUCCCUUAUAUUUAGCAAGGGGAGAGCAGCGCUCUCACUCUCUCUUGCUCUCUAACCCCAGCACAACAUCCCUCCAGUGGUAGUUCCUGGUGUCUGCCUAAAUUGUCUUUUUAAAUUGUGAGUCCUUUGGGGACAGGGAACCAUCUUUAUGUGUACUGUUUUGAUAACUUUGUUGAAAGGCGAUAUAUAAAUAUUUAUUAUGAUGA